ACCGUUUCAUUAUCUACAAAUCCACUAUAUAUACUUCACUCUUUCAACUCCAUAUAUUCUCUCACAUUCCAUUACUCUUUAUCUUUAUACCCUCACCAUCCUCCACUAUUUACAGUUUUGCCACUCUGACUUUAUGUUAUUAGCUUCUUCCGGUGACCGGCGACAACACGAGAGCGCCACCGUAUCUCCAAGCUUCAUACGAUAAAAAAUCUAUAAAACAUGAAGAACGGUAACCGGAAAACAACGCCGGAAACAGAGAAGUCUCACCGGAGAAAGUUAUCAGAGAAAGCGAUGUCGUUUCACGGCAGAGGAACAACGCCGGUAUCGAAUCCAGGAGAGCUUCGAAGACCGAAAACAUUACCGGAGUUAUUCUCCACCGGUCAAAGCAUCACCGGACCGGUGACGGAAUCGUUCCCGCCGCGUCUAACGAAACUUUUACUCAACGUAACGGUGCAAGGAAGUUUAGGAGCUGUACAAAUUAUAAUCUCGCCGGAAUCCACCGUGAGUGAUCUAAUCGACGCCGCGAUUCGUCAGUAUGUUAAAGAAGCUCGCCGGCCAUUUUUACCGGAAUCUGAACCGUCAAGAUUUGAUCUUCAUUAUUCUCAGUUUAGUCUUGAAAGUAUUGGAAGAGAGGAGAAGCUGAUAUCGCUUGGGUCGAGGAACUUUUUCUUAUGUGGCCGGAAAGAGACCGGAGGCUUUAUCGGCGGUGGUUCAUCAUCGGAAUCUUGUUCAAAGGAAGCUGAGAAAGUGGCUAAAACUGGUUUUCAUUGGCUCAAAUUUAUGGGAUUCUAGAAGUUUUUAAUCAUUUUGGAUUAUUGCUUUUUUCGAAUUAGUUCCAUUUUUAGGAAAAGGAUAUAUAAAUUUGGUAAUCUGUAUAUAUUUUCUAUGUAGAAACGCCUUAUAUAUCCGAGAAUAGGCGUUUGGAGCUUGCUGCAGUUGUUUUGGAUACGGUAACAGGAGCUAAAGAUAGAUUCUCAUGGGCAGCGACGACUAAUGGGAAAUUUACUGUUAAAUCAGCUUAUGAGCUGAUAACAAGAGAUGAAUAUCCAAGACAGCAUAUGGAUAAGUUUUACGAGCGGUUGUGGAAGGUAAUUGCACCAGAAAGAGUACGUGUGUUCUUAUGGCUGGUUGGGAAGCAAGUGGUUAUGACUAAUGUGGAGAGAUUCAGGAGACAUUUGUGUGACACCGAGAUUUGUCAGAUUUGCAAGAAUGGUGUGGAGUCCAUUAUUCAUGUGCUCCGUGAUUGUCCAGCGAUGGCAGGAAUUUGGAUACGC